ACACAGUUUGUCACUGCGAGAGCGUUGCGUGUUAUUGCUCCAAUCGUGAAACGUUAUUUAAAAGUAAACUAAUUGUUUUAAUUACCAUAAAGUGCAUCGCUUAGCAGUCUUAAACCUAAAAAUUUACGGGAGAUAGUUGGCAGCUCAUAAGCAUUCCAUACAAAAUUGAAAGCAUUUAAACUCAUAAAUUCCUUUAUAUAAAACAUCCUCAUCAUGCCGGAACUUAACGCAGAGCAGGAAACUCAGCCACAGGCAACGACGGAAAAGAAAGCGCCCGCCUAUGACUCCAAUAUACUGCCAGAUAUGCUGCCCGUUUACUAUAGACGUCUUUUUCCACACGAGCCCUUCUAUCGCUGGCUUAACUAUGGACAUUCUGAGGAUAAUAUAUUUGUAAAUCGCGAGAUAUCAUUCACUCUGCAGGACGAUAUCUACAUACGUUAUUUGUGCUUUGAGACGCAAGCGGAGCUGGAGAAGGAGAUCUGUACGCGCAAUCCCUAUAAAAUUGACAUUGGACCUGUGAUGAAUAUCAGGCCAAAGAACUUUCGCACCGUGGCAGGUGGCUUGACGCCCGUGCAGCGUGAAUUGGUCUUUGAUAUUGAUGCCACGGACUACGAUGACAUACGCAACUGUUGCUCAGGUGCUGAGAUGUGCCUGAAGUGCUGGAAGUUUAUGAUGCUGGCAGCGAGAGUUUUGGAUGCUGCGCUGCGUGAGGAUUUUGGCUUCGAGCACAUGUUGUGGAUAUUCUCCGGCCGUCGAGGCAUACAUUGCUGGGUGUGCGAUCACGCGGCUCGCCAUUUGGAUGGACGUGCUCGAGCAGCUGUCGCUGAGUAUCUGAAUAUACUUAGCUAUACUAACAAUGCGGCACGUGUUCAAAUGGGCGAUCGCACGCACCAUAGUCUGCGACGUGCUUUGAAAAUUGUGGAGCCAAUGUUUGAGGAGAUUGUGCUAGAGGAUCAGAAUUUGUUUGGCACACCCAAAGGCGUCAACAAACUACUGCAAAUGGUUAGCGAUGAGACAGCCCGCAAUGAUUUGGAAGCCUAUCUGCAGAAAACCCACGGAGAUGGCGCCCACUCGAAAUUGAUCUGGGAGAGCUUUGUGCGCUAUGCCAACUCGAUGCGCACGAGUGCAGCCAAUGUCUGGAAUCGUAAGCUGAAGCACAUUGUGGAGGAGGUGCAGCUGUGCCUGCUCUAUCCACGCCUGGACAUUAAUGUAACCAAAGGUUUCAAUCACUUGCUGAAGGCGCCUUUUUGCAUCCAUCCAGCUACGGGCAAGGUGUGCAUACCCUUCAGUGCUAGCGCCGUGGGCAAGUUUGAUCCGACUACGGUGCCCACCAUUUCGCAGCUAUUGCAUGAGAUCAAUGCAUACGAUGACAAGACGAAGAGCUAUAUGGAUGCGCCCGAGGACAAAAGCCGCAUCAAGGACUACAAGAAAACGAGCAUGUUCAAAGGCGUGGUGGUCUUCGAGGAGUUUCUGCGUAAGCUGGAACGGAAUUUUAAGACGAAGCCAAUGGAUUUCUAAACACAGAUUCGAUUUGAAUUUGA